GCCGCCAGUCGCGCUCCGACCGCGCCGACGACCGCACGCCCUCACGCGCGCCUCGCCGCUCGCCAACACCACGGCAGGCUCACCGCCACCCCCGUCGCACGCCCGCGCCCGCUCCAUGCGCACCUGACACCGCCUGUCGCACCGCUCGCACUGCCCGCAACCGCCGCAACGUCCCGCUCCGGACUCCGGCGACCACCUUCGCAAAAUGAUCCCACGCCGCAAACACAACGCGUCGUCCGGCUCGCUGCCGCCGCCCGACGACAAGCACGCCAGCAACGAUUAUAUCCUGACCGACAGCGAGGCGCGGUGCGGCUGGCGCGCUGCGUUGCGGCGACGCUUCAAUCGUAAAACUCUGCACAAGCGACUUCCCGUGACAUCGUGGCUGCCACAGUACAAUGCGGAGAAGGCAGUGGGCGACCUGAUCGCGGGCAUCACCGUGGGUCUAACGGUGAUCCCGCAGUCACUGGCAUACUCGAACAUCGCCGGGCUGCCGCCGCAGUACGGGCUGUACGGCUCGUUCCUGGGCUGCUUCGUGUACAUCGUGCUGGGCGGGUGUCGCGCCGUGCCCGCAGGCCCCACCGCCAUCGCCUCGCUGCUCACGUACCAGGUGGCGGGCGGCGUAGUCGAGAAGGCCAUUCUCCUCGCCUUCCUGGCCGGUCUAGUGGAACUGCUGAUGGGCGUGCUGGGGCUAGGGUUCCUCAUCAACUUCGUGUCAGGCCCGGUGUCCUCGGGCUUCACGUCGGCAGUGGCGCUCAUGAUCGCCACCUCGCAAGUGAAGGACCUGUUCGCGAUCUCAGUGAGCGGCACCACGUUCCUGCAGCAGUGGAUCUCAAUAUUCCGCAACCUACACGCCGCUUCGCUCUGGGACCCCGUGCUCGGCUUCUCCUGUAUCGCGCUGCUACUUAUCAUGCGGAAAAUCGGUAUGAUAAAACUGGGUGCAAAGUCUGAGGAUGGUCCAAGCACAAGACAAAAAGUGAUAAGCAAGUGUCUGUGGAUGGUGAGCACGUGCCGCAACGCCAUCGUGGUGGUGGCCACCGGCCUGCUGGGCUUCUGGUUCGUGGCCACGUACGGCCAGCCCCCCGUGCGCCUCAUGGGGCCGAUCCCGUCGGGCGUGCCGCUGCCGCAGCUGCCGCCGUUCAGCUACGUCCGCGCCGACAACUCCACGGCCGACUUCCUGGACAUGGUGUCGGAGAUGGGCUCCGGCCUGCUCGUCAUCCCGCUCAUCGUGCUGCUCGAAGACAUCGCUAUCUGCAAGGCUUUCUCCGACGGCCGCACUAUCGACGCCACGCAGGAGAUGAUCGCGCUCGGCGUCGCGGGUAUCGCCAAUUCCUUCAUGCAGGCGUACCCGGGCGGUGGAUCCCUGGCGCGCUCCGUGGUCUCCAACGGGUCUGGCGUUAAGACCACCCUCAACGGCCUGUACACUGGCGUGAUGGUCAUUCUGGCGUUGCAAUUCUUCACUCAGUACUUCGAAUACAUCCCGAAGGCAGCACUGGCGGCCGUCAUCGUAUCUGCCAUAUUGUUCAUGGUGGAAUACAACGUGAUCAAGCCAAUGUGGCGAGCCAAGAAGCUGGACCUCAUUCCCGGAGUAGGCACGUUCGUGCUGUGCCUGACACUGCCCAUAGAGCUGGGCAUCCUCACCGGCGUCAUCGUCAACAUCAUCUUCAUCCUGUACCACGCGGCGCGGCCCAAGCUGUCCGUCGAGAUGCUCAAGACGGAGCACGGCGUGGAGUACCUGAUGAUCACGCCGGACCGCUGCCUGAUGUUCCCGUCCGUGGACUACGUGCGCCGCCUGGUGACGAAGCACGCGGCGUCGAGCUCGGUGCCCGUGGUCAUCGAGUGCACCCACAUCUACAGCGCCGACUACACGGCCGCCAAGAGCAUCGAGCAGCUCACGGCCGACUUCCACGCGCGCCGCCAGCCUCUGUACUUCUACAACGUCAAGCCCUCGGUCUGCUCCAUCUUCGAAGCCGUGGCCAAGCCCGAACACUUCGUGGUCUUCUACGAGGACGAGGAGCUGGACCGGCUGCUGGCCGCGGACGAGCGCCUCGAGCCUGCCAAGCUGGCGCCCCCGCUGGCGCCCGCCUAGCCGACCCAGUGUGAUAUUUAGAUAGAGACCUUACUAUAUGUAUACUGCAGAGGCAGAGUGUAUAUACGUUCCCCUCCGAGCGAGCCUGAGAGCCAUCGCUGCACGAACGCGGCGAUGUAAAAUGAUCUUGUUGUGUACAUACUAUACAGUUAGGUUACUGAGUAGACGUAGUCUGAGAGCUUAUGGCUGUGCGAGCUGUGAUCCUUCGUAGUAUGUGUGGUGUGCAUGUGACGCUCCGCUUCCCCCGAGGGCGAAGCUGACUUCAACUAAAUUAUCAACAUUUACGAGUAGAGACUAAAGAGUAACAAAGAGUGAUAGUAAUGCGUAGGAAUAAGCAUCGAUCUAUUUAUUUUGUAGGAAAUGAAGUACAACUUAGGAUACUGUAAUUACUUUAUUGUUAAGGGUUAAAAGCAAGCUUUAACUGGCCUCCGGAGCAGGCGGCCGUCAGAGAUAUUUACACGGCCCCGCUCUGCUCGCGGCUCGUGUACUUUAUCCAUUAUUUUGUGAUCCUCUACUAAUACGUUAAGUAAUAAAUCUAUUUUGGAGAUAAUAAAAUUAAUUUAAUAAAUAAUGUUAUGUCUUAAUAAUAUGAACAUUUGUUUAACGAUUGUGAUCUACUGUAUGAAUGUGAUGGUUGUUGUGCCGCGAAAGAUUUAAUGAAUUUAUUCAGUCACCGUUCUAAGAACAAAUUCAAUAAACUC